AUGCAUACGGAAGAUUCGGGUUUUGUAAUCUUUGAACGGUGGAGAUUGCUCACGAUACCUUUACCCAGGAGUAACAAAUCUUGGUACUUGAUACCGUUCCCUUCGCUUCCUAUCUUCGGAAAGGGGAACAAAGCGGGAGGGCGAGGGGGAGUGAGAUCGCCCAUCGGUUUAUUCCCUUUAUCGCCUUCCCGCGAACCCUUUUCGCCUACGAUAACAAUCCAGCCCACUGUCCGAUUACAUCAUAUCUCACACGAGAACCGUCGCCUCGUUCUCGGGAAGGCCAGACCAGAAAUUACUAUCACCAUCUGA